AUGGCUCUGUACUACCCCACCGCCGUGGGCCUCAACAAGGACCACAAGGUGGCUAAGAACAGGAGCAUGCCGAGGCACAGCCGCUGCCUUGAGCACCUCACCAAGCACACCAAGUUCGUGCAGGACAUGAUCCGAGAGGUGUGCAGCCUUGCCCUAUACCAGCAGUGUGCCAUGGAGGUGCUCAAGGUCUCCAAGGUCAAGUGCACCCUCAAGGUCACCAAGAAAAGAGUAGGGACACACAUCCAUGCUAAGAAGAAGAGAGAGGAACUGAGCAAUGUCCUGGCAGCCAUGAGGAAAGAGGCAGCCAAGAAUGACUGAACC